AUGGCUGUCCUCUGGACACCGAACAUGGGUUACCACAUUCGUGUCUCCCUGGCUACUGGUGAACCGGAGUAUGACGCCUACAAGGAGAGUGCUUCCUGGGUGACCUGCCGUGUACUUCGAACAGUUGAAGAUGACGGCCAGGUCGCGUACCCUCCGGCGGGAGAUCGCAUCCUGGCCAACAGGACGUUUCGGCGUACUUCCCACAUAAAAAAGAUGGCCGUAACUGACCUCCUGGAAGGCCAGCUCGCAUUCCUGCAGCACGUUCACCUCUACGAGGAGAAACACAGGGGAACACACAUUCUGCAGCCUCGCUUGCUGUGGAAGUACGAGUUCCUCCGCUGCUUCUUGGGAUGCCUGCCUCGAGAAGACCUACAGGAUUUGUCACGGGAGAUUGACGAGAUCGGCAGAACGAACCACAGCUUCACCAGCUGGUCUGUCAAGUCCUCGAAGUUGCUUUCAGCAGUCCUUCGGCGCAGCAACAAU